AGCUGGGACAGCCUGGCGUGCCUGCCAGCUUGGCCACUGCUGCUCCUGCCACUCCGCUGAAGGAGAGGGGGGAGAGAGAGAACGCUGGAGGAGUGGAGGGAGAAAGAGAGCAAAGGGGGACAGAGAGGCAGAGGGAGAACGAGGGAGAGAGAGAGAGAGAGAGAGGAGUCCAGGCCCAAAUAAAGCCAUGGGGGCUGGGGCUGGGCUGGGCCCCCCUUUGCUAUAAAUACGCUGGCCGCCUGGAGGUUCGGGUUUGGUUGCUGGGGCUUGGGACCAGCGACCACCACUGCUGCUGCUGCUGCUGCCUUCCUCAGGGGAGUCUCCUGCGCAUACUCAUCAUCCUCAUCCUGGUCAUCUGUGUUUUGGGCAUCCAAGAUGCCUCGAGUGGACGCAGACCUCAAGCUGGACUUUAAGGAUGUCCUCUUCAGACCCAAGAGGAGCAGCCUGAAGAGCCGCUCAGAGGUGGACCUUCAGAGGACCUUCACAUUCCGCAACUCCAAACAGACCUACACUGGUAUCCCCAUCAUCGCUGCCAACAUGGACACCACAGGAACGUUUGAGAUGGCACAGGUCCUCAGCAAACACACACUCUUCACAGCCAUUCAUAAACACUACUCUGUAGAAGACUGGAAAAACUUUGCUGCUAAUCAUCCAGAAUGCUUAGAGCAUUUAGCUGCCAGCUCAGGCAGUGGCAAAGCAGAUCUGGAGAAGCUGUGUGCCAUCCUGGAAGCCGUCCCUGCCCUCAAGUACAUCUGUCUGGAUGUGGCCAACGGCUACUCCGAGUACUUUGUGGAGUUUGUUAAGACGGUCAGAGGGAAGUUCCCCAAACACACCAUCAUGGCUGGUAACGUGGUAACAGGGGAGAUGGUGGAAGAGCUCAUCCUCUCCGGAGCUGACAUCAUCAAAGUGGGCAUCGGUCCAGGUUCUGUGUGCACGACAAGGAUCAAGACAGGAGUGGGCUACCCACAACUCAGUGCUGUUAUCGAAUGCGCAGACUCAGCCCAUGGACUCAAAGGACACAUUAUCUCUGAUGGUGGCUGCAGUUGCCCAGGAGAUGUAGCUAAGGCCUUUGGUGCCGGGGCUGACUUUGUGAUGAUGGGAGGAAUGCUCGCAGGUCACGACCAGUGCACCGGAGAGGUCAUCGAGAAGAACGGCAAGAAGUACAAGCUCUUCUACGGCAUGAGUUCCGACACAGCCAUGAAGAAAUAUGUGGGUGGAGUUGCUGAGUACAGGGCGUCUGAGGGGAGGACAGUGGAGGUUCCCUACAGGGGGGAUGUGGAGAACACCAUCCGUGACGUGCUGGGGGGACUACGCUCCACCUGCACCUAUGUGGGCGCUGCCAAGCUCAAAGAGCUGGGCCGGCGAACCACCUUUAUUCGCGUCACACAACAGUCAAGCCAAAUGUUCGCUUAGUGGGGUGGACAUGCUUGCGCACGAGCACGCAUGCACGCACACACACACACACACACACACACACACACACACACACACACACAACACACACACACACACACACACACACACACACAAUCACCCAACCUGUUUCUCUCAGGAUAUCUGCUGUCAGAAAGCUGUUAGUUUCCUGCAGAUUGUGAUUGAAAACGACUCAGAAGUUUGACUUGAAACAUUCUCCCCGAGGCAUCACAGCGUUCCAGUCGACUUAAUCCUACAGCGAGUGCGUUUACAUGCUUCCAGACAUGAUAAUAGGCUACUGAUUGCAUUUUUGAAUGGGCAAUGUGCAAAUGCCAUGCUCCAGUUAUAAGCAGUCUGGAUAAAUCCUUCCCAGUUCUGGGAAAUGGGAAUAAGAGAGCCGGAAUACUGAGGCAUGUGUUCUUCAGAUCUAAUCUUUCUAAACACUCUUUUAACUUGUGUAUUUCUACAUAAACAGUACAUCAAAAUUGUGAGCUACGUGAAACACAUUGCAUGUAAACACACUCAGCAGGGGGAGUCUGAUACUCCUGCUCAGAACAUUUGGUUGGACUGAAGGCGAAAAAAAUCAAUAUGCAAAAUCCAGAGACGUCGCCCUUUAAUUGUCACUGGACAAAUCAUGUCGCAAUAAACUGCAUGCAGAACUGUCUGCUAAUCUCCUCA